UGGCUGGAGAUGGAGAGAAAGAUGUGCUGCCCCAUUGCAACUUGCAGGUUUACACGUACACCUGUGAUGUGGGCAAAAGAGAGAAUGUCUACUUGACAGCUGAGAGGGUCCGCAAGGAGGUUGGCGAGGUGUCUGUCCUGGUUAACAAUGCUGGUGUGGUCUCUGGGCACCAUCUUCUGGAGUGUCCUGAUGAGCUUAUUGAGAGGACCAUGAUGGUUAACUGUCACGCACACUUCUGGACCACUAAAGCAUUCCUUCCCAAGAUGCUGGAAAUGAACCAUGGACACAUUGUGACAGUUGCAAGUUCCUUGGGGCUAUUCAGUACUGCUGGAGUGGAGGAUUAUUGUGCCAGCAAAUUUGGAGCUGUAGGCUUCCAUGAGUCUUUGAGCCAUGAAUUGAAGGCUGCUGAAAAGGAUGGAAUUAAAACUACUUUAGUCUGCCCUUAUCUUGUAGAUACAGGAAUGUUUAGAGGGUGCAGGAUCAGAAAAGAAAUUGAGCCUUUCCUUCCACCCUUGAAACCCGAGUACUGUGUGAAACAGGCUAUGAGAGCCAUCCUUACAGACCAGCCAAUGAUCUGCACACCUCGCCUCAUGUACAUGGUCACCUUCAUGAAAAGUAUUCUGCCAUUUGAAGCUGUGGUAUGCAUGUAUCGAUUUUUGGGAGCAGACAAGUGUAUGUAUCCUUUCAUCGCUCAACGGAAACAGGCUACAAACAACAAUGAAGCAAAAAAUGGAAUCUAACACUUUUGGAUGGACUAACAUUUAUAGGUGAAUGCAAUAAUGUUACAUGACUGAAUUGCAAAGUGCACUUGCAUCUAACAGAUGCAAAUGUCAACAUCUUACUGUGGCAUUCUCUUGGGUCCUAAACCUGUGUAUUGAACUCUAAAAAUCAAUGGAUUUUUAUAUACUGUAAAUAAAACUGACUAGAGUACUUGGGAAAUGUGAUAGGUAACUCAAAUGAAUUUACAAUGUAGCUGCCACCAUUGUCCUUUAGAAUAUCACUGUAUGUACAGUAAACUAGUCAUACUACUUGUUGUAGGGAUGCACUGUGUGAUAUCUCCUCCUUAGUCUGCUAAGGCUUCUAAGAGCUGUCUCCAGCCAGAAGAUGGAAUGCUUCAGAAGUGGUUUGACUUUCCUUACGUUACUUAGGAAGGGAGGGAAGUUUUGCAAUUUAAGCUACUGCUCAUGAUCUUAUAGCAAAUUCAAGGACAAUUUCUGAAUGCAUCUCUUCACUCGUUCACCCACGUUCUCUAAAGGACACAUGGCCAAAUUGUGGUGUAAUUCUCUUUUGUUGCAACUGUGUGUGUUCUAUUUAAACAAAGAUGAAAAGAAAUUUGUAAAUCUCUGCCGAUUCAAAGGCAAAUGAAUGUCUUACAUACUGUCAAAGCAAACUUGUACUGGGCGUCUGGUUUUUUUUAGGAAUGCAGUCAGUGAUUUCAUUUGACUUUUUUUCCAAGUUGACUUAAUUUGAAAUAUGCUGUGUUCCAUUUCCCUCUAUAUGUCAGAGUCCAAUUUACUAUUAUGGACUACAUGUUUCGUUUCUUCUUCCUCAUUCUUACUUCUGACGGAGUUCCCCCACCCCCCCAAGGAAACUGUUGUGUUGAAUUCUCUAACUGGACUUGUGCCUAAAAGACAAAGCAACUCAGCUGAAAUACAAACUGUUUAUGUAAGUGCUGGUCAUAUGCCAAUUAUUAGCAAAGGAAAAAUAGAAUAAUGCCUGAUGCAACUCUACAUUCAGAAUAUGAAAGGAUGUAAAGAUUUUUUUUGAGUUGUACUCACGUUGUAGAACAGCAAAUGACAUUUUUACAGUAUUUUUUGUAAAGCGAACAAUUUUGUGCCUUGAAUUUGGUAAUCUGUAUUAGUGAAGCAUUGUAAAAGUGAAAUUCUACCUCUGUAUCUUAAUGUAUACCAUCCACUUGUAAACUACUAUCAGAAAAAUUGUGAUUACUUUUUUUAGAAUGUCUUGUCAAAUAGUGACCAAUGCCUGUGGUUAUUAAAGUGAGCCACUUUUUCCUUAAAACA